ACCAAACUACUCAACAGACGAAACAAACAUUGCUCUCGACCAAUCGCCGCCCUGCCUGAGCCGCAGCAGCCAAUCGGGAAGUUGUUCGGAGUACCGCCCACAAGCGGAAGUUAGUCUGUCACGGAUGGCGCAUGAAAAUUGUGUUGCGUUUCUUCCAAACAUCAUGUUUACUUUCAUGAAAUGAAUGUUUAAUAAGUGUUGACGUUUAUUUAUCAGUAUGAGCGGUCCGUGUAGAGAGGUUGUGACUCUUCAGCUCGGACAUUAUUCCAACUUUAUCGGCACACACUGGUGGAAUCUGCAGGAUGCAUCUCUGUGUUAUGACCCGGAUGCGGCGCUGGGUGAGCUGCAGGGUGAUGUGUUGUUCAGAGAGGGUCUCACUCUGGGGGGUCACGUCACAUACACCCCCCGACUCAUCGCCAUGGACCUCAAAGGGAGUCUUCAGACGCUGCGACAGGAGGGACGUUUAUAUGAAACUGAGAGUAAAGCUGCAACAUUUACAUGGGAUGGACAGAUUUCGACCCACAGGGAAAGUCCACCCACCAGAAACUCUUUCCUGCAGGAUCUGGACAGUCUGGAUUCGGCAAGUCUUCUGCCUCCUGACCGCUGCUCAGUAACCAGGGCAGAAUCCGGCGUCGCCACGGAGACGGUAAAUGAUACUCUGGACCGGAUACAGAAAUCCUACAGGCUGGAGGGAAGCGUGAGGGUGUGGUCAGACUUUCUGAGGAUUCAUCUUCACCCGCGCACCAUUUCUGUCAUUAACCAAUUUAAUCAUGACGGUGAAUCGGAGCGUCUGGAAGUGUUCGGUCAGGGUACGGUGCUCUUACAGGGCUCAGUGUUGGAGGAUUUGGAGGACCGGCUGCAUUUUUUCGUGGAAGAAUGCGAUUAUCUGCAGGGAUUCCAGCUGUUCUGUGAUCUCACGGACGGCUUUUCAGGCUUUGGGUCAAAGGUCACAGAGAUGCUGCAGGACUCUUACGGAGGGCGUGGCAUCCUCACGUGGGGCGUGGCUCCUGUCAAUCACCCGGACACGAGCUCUAUAAAGGACGUCUUUCACAUGAUGAACACUGCGUUGGGAACGGUCAGUAUGGCCAAUAACAGCUCGCUCUUCUGCCCUUUGACCCUGCGGGGGGGUCUGGGGAGACGUCCACCUCCACCCGCCGCCUUCCCACUGCUCAACUAUGAUCCAGAGUUGUGGUUUCACUCCAGUGCUGUUUUGGCUCUUGCGUUGGACGCUAUGACGGUGUCGUACAGACUGAGACACAACAGCACUCCCAUGUGGCAGCUUUCAGACGCUCUGACCGUCUCCGGGAGGAAGGUUGUUUCGGCUUACGGCUCUGUUCCAUUUCCCAUGAUCCACGGUGGCUGUCUCCCAAAUGCUCUUGAUGAUUUUCCUAAUGUGUUGCCAUGGAGAUCCCUAUCAGCUUGUCCAGAGCUAGGUGACGGACGCUGCUUUGGCCAAUCGGUUACUCUGAAAGGCUUAGAGGGGCGGGGUUUAGUCAGUCCUCUGCUGCCGGGGAUAGAGCCGGCCAGUCCGCUUCACUCUGAACGCUCUGGAGAAGAUGUGCUCACCGCUUACAUCCAACAACAUUACCCAUCAACACCACUGGCGGUGCAGUUGGUGUCCAGCCCCAGUAAAGUCACGGCUCCGUUCCCUCAGAUGUUCAGUCCGGCUCUGAAUCCGCAGGGUUUCCUCCAGAAUCAACCUCCACUUCCUGUCUCUCGUCUCGUGUCGAGUCUUCCCGUCCUGACGUCUCUUCAGUCCAGUCCCGCUGCGGGUCUUCAGCUCUCAGAGUUACAGAAAGCAUGUUCUGCGCUGGAGAUUCGUCGCGUGGCUCCCAGUUUCCUCUCUCAUGGACUGGAGCUCAGCGAGCUGACUGAAGCGAUGGAGCAGCUCCGCGGUCUCGCUCUCUGUUAUCAACACAACCAGCAUCACUCUUCAUCGGAUGAGGACGAUGAUUGACACGUUCUGACGCUGGAGAGUCAAAGCACUGCCCGGUUCAGUCAUGCUUCUAAACAAUCAAAAAAAGAGCUGAACUGUGUUCACGGCAUGUUCUCGCUGAGAAUGAUGGGAUGUGAGCUCACUGAACGAGCCCUAGAAGAGAGCUGGAGAGAUUCAGAGAAAGACGCAGGACAGAGAUCUGCAGGACAGAUGAGAUGUGUGUAUACCUGCUUCACAGAUCCCAGAGAAAUGUGAUCAAAUGUGUUUGUAAGAAUGAUAACGGUUGCUGUUAUUAAAAUAUUGCUCAUCAAAUAAUACAUGUUUCAUUACACUGUUUGAUCUUUAUUGACUGAAGUUCUCUGAUGUGUGUACUUAAUAAAAUACACAUAUAUAACCCA